GGUCUAGUAAUAUAUAGAAGUCUGUGCUUUUAUCUUUUUUAGAAAGCUCCUAUGAGCAAUAACCUAAUUUGUGCGAUAACUGUUCAUAAAGAUUUUCAACGAAUUAAUUUCAUUAAUUAUAUUUUCAUGACAAAAUAUAAUUCUUGAACAGCCUUAAAUUUAUAAUAUGUCGAACGGAUUCGUACAUUCUGUUAGGGUUCCGCGUAUUUAUAAAUUCACGGCCGAUAUUGUACGCCGCGUGCAAGAGGAUGGUGCCAGUUUAAAAACUUUAAUUUACGAGAAGAAUCAUCCCAACAUAGCCGGCAUAUAUGGUCUUUCAAUGAAUACCUUGCGAAUGCUGCCUCACUUAGACGAACUCUUUCACAAGACCCACAUUCUCAUAGAGCAACCGCGUUUGGAUCCCUGGCUAGCUAAAGUUCUCAUAACAGAACUUCUAUGGGGCAAAAAAUGCCUAAAGAACCACUCCAAACCAGUUUUAACUGUGCUAGCUUAUGAAAAGAAGUUGCAAGAAGAGUUGAAAAACCUCAACUACAUAGAAACUUUCAUCUCUCAUAAAGAAAAAGUGCAAAAACCUCGAUACGUCCGUGUCAACACUCUUUUAUUAUCGGUGGAGAAAGCCAUCUCCUUCUUCCAAAAAGAGGGAUGGCAGUUACUAUCCAGGAGUACAACAUAUUCCUCAUAUCUGCAAACCUUAUCACAAUUAUCGGAAUCCUACUUUAUACAAGACUUUCAUAUACCGGAAGUGCUUGCUUUUCCGCCUUUGACAUCCUUUCACGAACAUGCCGGCUAUCAAAAUGGUGAACUUAUUCUCCAAGAUAAGGCUAGCUGUUUGCCUGCACACUUGUUGAAUCCUGUUAGUGGUUCCACAGUAUUGGAUAUGUGCGCGGCACCUGGUAUGAAGGCUACUCAUAUAGCGGCAAAACUACAAAAUUAUGGAGAGGUUUAUGCUGUGGAAAUUGAUGCUAAGAGAUUUGAAACCUUAUUCAGACAGAUAAAGACAACUCAUUCCUUCUGUGUGAAACCUCUUAAUCAAGAUGUUUUAACUCUUGAUCCGAAACAAUAUUCACAUGUGGAAUAUAUCCUGGUUGAUCCAAGUUGUUCUGGAUCAGGUAUUGUGGACAGGCCAGAACAAAGCAAUAUAAACAACAAAUCAUUGUCAAAGCGCCUACAAAAUUUACAAUCGUUUCAAGUUUAUCUUCUUAGAUACGCGCUUUUUAAUUUUCCGAAUGCAAAAAGAAUAAUCUAUAGCACCUGUUCUCUUUAUCCCGAAGAGAAUGAAGAAGUGAUAGACGAAGUUCUUGCUGAUAUUGGCAAUGCUUAUUGCCUGGUACCAACUCAACAGUUAUUGAAAAAUAAUUGGACAAAUUUUAGUUCCAAAAGAUACAAUUGCGAGGAUAAAUGUUUGUAUUCGAAGCCAAAUAUUGAUUUUUGCAAUGGUUUUUUUGUGGCGGUAUUUGAAAGAAAUUUUGAUGUGGCCCUGCCAGAAUGCAAACGCAAAGGAGGUAAUAUAAAUUCUACUAUAGCUGACUUGGAUAUAAAAAAAAAUGGCAUGGUGAAGAAAGUUGAAUGUAAGCAAAAGCAGUGUGAAAAAGGAAAAAAAAAGAGAAAAAGAAAAAUUUCAAUGAAUGAUGAAGUUAAAUCAAGGAAUGUUAUUGAAUUUGUAUCACAAAUAGAAAGUGAAAUAACGACAAAAAGAAAUAAAAAAGAAAAAAAACUCGGUAAUUGCUUUUUAUCAAAUUUUAAUCGGGAAGAAAUAACAUUGAAAGAAAACAUUCAGAUGAAGACAUCAAAAGACAUGACACAGAAAAAAUUAAGCAAAAAGAAAAAAUCAUGUCUGAAGAAAGAAAAGAUUAUAUGUGAUAAAUAGAAGAGCAAAACUUACACGCGGAAAAAAAAUAGAUUUUACGAGCAGAAAGUUUUAGGCUAAUCGAUUUGUGUGCUCUAUUAUCAACGCGCGUAACAAUCGAUAAUUCCAAGGAAAAUCGCAGUCCUAUUUUUUUUUUAAACAGAAAACUUGAAUACAUAAUUAUUAUGAAACUAUUUAUUAAGACUUGUUAUUCUUCACUAUAAUCAUAAUAUGAUGACAAGAGCAAAAAAUUAUUUCGAAUUUUUCUCUCUUAUAUUAUACAUGAAAAUAGAUUAAUUUUUUAUAUGUUUCAUAACUCGUACUUGAUAAAAUAGAUUUAUGAAUUUGCAAGAUUCUAUGUUAUAGAUUCAUGAAUUAAUAAAUAGCUUUAUAACUUGAUAAAUUAUAAUAAGAUAUAUUUUCGCUAAAGAAAAUGUAAGAUGUAUAUAGAUUAGAUUAUAUAUUUAUUUGUUAAUGUAAUGUAAAUCAAAAAAGAAAAGGAAUAUAUACCGAUAAAAAAUAUUCGGUAUUCGUGAUAGAAACCAUUAAAUUCUAUAACAUAUACUGAGCUUUCAUGGGUAAGGAACUGAUGAAACUCCCUCUCUGAGUUUAUGCCAUCCAAUUUUUUGUAUAAUUUUUUUAUAUCAUGAACACGAGUAAUGUAACAUACAAAGAAAUUAAUUUAUUUCGAUGUGCAUGUAUGGCGCAAGACAAAGUUUAUACAUUUUUCAUUUUUGAUAUUUAUUAUGAUUCGAUACAAUUAUUUAAAAAAAUCAAUAAUUUUAAAUAAACAGUUACCAAGCAAAUUUUUAUUUUUAUUUUUAUUUUUACAUACAUACACAAUCAAUGGAAUUAAACGUAUAUGAAAUGCAAUGGAAAUAAAGAUUGAGAGAGAAGAACAGUUUAUGUAUAUACUUUAAAGUACUUAUAAAACUAAGCA